GAGGAAAUUCUAAAGAGAGAUAGCGUGGGGUAGGAGGAGCAGCUGAAACAGUAUAAAAAUGGAGACAAAAGGAACAUUUGUCGUGCUGAUGGCAUCUAUUUUAAGUGUUCCCAUGGCGUAUUUUGUUAAUUUAAUUCCGGAAAUCGACAAAAAUCCAGUUCCAAUAUUCGUAAUAGCUUUAUUGUGCCUCCUGGUUGCCUUUCUCAUUCCAGCCAUUGCAAAAUUCAAAAAUUUUGUCCAAAAUGACGACCCGUUAUACUACGCUAUGAGCAUACUAACAUUUGCUGCAGUAAUUGACCUCACCAUUGCUUUGGAGAAUGACAAAAUUGUGCACAGUGUAAUGGCGUUCUAUUUUGUAAGCGGUGAGCCCUACCUGAAAAGUGGGCAUGGUUCAGGCAUCAAUUAUCAUGACGGGAUCAUUCAUUUUGCUUGUUACAUCAUCAUUUUGCUAGCUAUUGACAACAGGAAAAAUUACAGAGAAGUGGGCUUGUAUUGGGGUGGAUCCAUAGUCAAUAGUCUAAUUGUAUUGAUGCUUGGUGGAGCUGUAGGACAACAUGGAGCAAAAUGGUCCAUGCUGUUGAAUGUUAUAUACAUGGUGGUUCCCGUAUGGAUUACUAAGAAAGUUCUAGAUAAGCCGUCCAAUAUAAAGGAGAAAUCUGCAAGUGAAAACCUGAUGAAGAGACCAUUUGACAUUGUAGCCAUUGUAUUAUUGCUGUCAACCAUGUUUAUCUACAUUUUUAAAGGACUGGCUGCACUAGGGUGUAAUUCAGCUGUUACACAAUAUUUUGUGAAGAAUUAUGAGCCUUAUCUUGGAGACCCAAUUGCCUUCCCAAAAGUUCAGAUGAUGACCUACUUGUUUUACUGUGUCCCGUUUUGUGCAUUUGCCAGUUACUCUUUGAUUCAUGCUCCUGCUAAGCAGUGGUUCCUUGACUGGCUGUUCAUCUAUGCCGGUGCUGUGUUGAAUGGCCAGAUACCUUACAUGUUUGCCUCACUCCAUCAUUUGACACACAAGGACUAUCGCCUUCCUAAGACCUCCGAGGCACAGUGGGCUUUCUGGACACAGAACGUCUUCCUCCUCAUCGUUCCUCAGAUUCUUCUUGUCCAUUACUACUUCAGCAACAGAAAAGAAGGAAAGUGGGAAAGUCGCAGCGGCAGCCAAUCACCAACCAAGAAAUCAGAAAGCAGAGUUAGGGGGAAUAACUCUGGCUACAAUCUCAGGAACAGAAUCGUUCAGAACAGUGAAUAGUACUUCUUACAGUCUUGUAAUUCAGACUUUUUUAAUCCCAUUGCCAAAGACAAGAAUAAAUGCAAUAGUGUCCAUAUGUCUAUUUACAUAUAAACAUUUUUUCAACACUCACUUGCAAAUUUUUGCGAAGUUUGGAUGUAAAAUUUAACUGUAAAAUUUCAACAUCAUGGAUUAUUUUUUU